GAAGUGCACUAGUUGGCUCAAGUAUCCAACACAGGACAGGGACGACUGAGGAACCAUGAGAGGAGUCAGGCUCCUUUUAGAAUGGGCGCUACCAUGGCUCAUUCUAAGUCUUGGACUAUCUGCAGUCUCCUCUGUACAAGUUCAUAAAGUGGGAGAAAUGGCAGUGAUUAAAGAAGUGAGAGGUUCCCACAUCAACCAGUUCUGCAGCACAUGGGGGAACUUCCUUUACAAGACUUUUGAUGGGGCUUUCUUCCACCUUCCCUCCACCUGUAACUACAUCUUUACAUCCCAGUGUAAGGGCAGCUAUGAGAGUUUCAAUAUUCAGCUCCAGCGACAGGAAGUGGACGGGGAAGUCUCCAUCACCAGAAUUCUGCUGAAACUGAAUGGGAUUGUGGUGGAGUUUGCCAACACUUCGGUUAUGGUCAUGAAUAAACCUGUCUCCAUACCAUUCAGUGAGGGUGGCAUUUCAAUUGAGGAAACCAUGUCCUAUAUUAAAGUUGAGGCUAAGUUGGGACUGACAUUCAUGUGGAAUCAAAUGGACUCUGUCUGGGUGGAGCUGGAUGCCAAAUUCAAGAAUCAAACUUGCGGCCUGUGUGGAGACUUCAAUGAAAUCAAGCUUUCUGAUGAGUUUGUCCAGUCAGAGGUUUCCAUAAGUCCUGAAGAAUAUGCGAUGAACUGGAAAGUUGAUAGUCCCACUGAAACUUGCAAAGUGGUUUCUUCCCAGGCUAACAACAAUUGCUCAGAUGGGAACAAACGCUGCAAGAAGUUGCUGUCAGGACCUGAAUUUAAAAGCUGUCGCAAACUAAUUGACUCUGAGUCCUUCAUGAAAGCCUGUGUGGAAGACUUCUGUUACUGCAACAGCAACAGCAGUUCAUGCUUAUGUUCGACUGUGUCUGAGUACGCCCGACAGUGCGCCCAUGCAGGUGGACACCCAAAGCAGUGGAAGACAAAACAAUUGUGUGAAAAAACAUGCCCUUUCAACAUGGAGUAUAAGGAGUGUGGUAGUCCCUGCAUUGAUACCUGCAAAUACCGGCAGAAAAGUCAGCUGUGUGAUGAGCACUGCAUCGACGGAUGCUUCUGUCCUUCUGGUACAAUCCUUGAUGAUAUCUCAGAAAGUGGAUGUGUUCCUGUUGAGCAGUGCCCAUGUUUCCACGAAGGCGAGACGUAUAAUACUGGGGAAUCAAUCAUAAUGCCCUGUAAAAACUGCACCUGUUCAAAGGGCGAGUGGAGCUGUAUAGAUGCAAACUGUCCUGCUGUCUGUUCCAUCAGAGGAGGCUCUCACUUCUCCACCUAUGAUUAUAAGACAUACAAUUUCCAUGGAAAAUGUUCCUAUAUUUUGUCCAAGAUUGAAGACAAUGCUUUUACUGUGCUUGGUGAUUUCGACAAAUGUGAAAGAUCUGAAAAAUCAACUUGUCUGUCUGCCGUCACUCUGCUGUAUCAAAAUCACACGAUAAUUGAAGUUAAAGACAAAAAUGAAGUCUCAUAUAACCAACGGAUCUUUGAACUUCCUUUUUUCCUGGAUGACAUUAAAAUCUUCCGUCCUUCUACAUUCUUUACCAUAAUCCACACAAACUUUGGGCUUGAUCUCGAGAUUCAGGUCGUACCAAUUAUGCAGCUCUACAUCAGAGCCGAUGUCUCAUUGAAGAGUAAAGUUAUGGGUCUUUGUGGAGAUUUCAAUGAUAACUCAGCAGAUGACUUCAAAACUACAAGUGGACUUCCUGAAAGAACACCAGAGGCAUUUGCCAACACAUGGCGAACCAAAUUAAAUUGUCCAGAUGUGAAAAAUGACCUUGCAGACCCCUGCACUUUAAGCAUUGACAAGAACACAUAUGCAAAAACCUGGUGCUCCCUCCUGACAGACACAACAGGGAUUUUUUCACAUUGCCAUUCUAAAAUAGACCCAGAAGAGUACUAUGCUACUUGCCUUUAUGACACUUGUGCCUGUGAAAACAGCGAGGAGUGCAUGUGUGCCACCUUGUCCUCAUAUGUCCAUGCAUGUGCUGCUGAAGGUGUAUUCCUGAAAGGCUGGAGAACAGAUGUUUGCAACAAAUACACAACAUGCCCUUCGACAUUUGUGUACAAUUACAAAAUGACACACUGCGGUCGAACUUGCCGCUCUCUGAGUCAGUCGGACGUGACUUGCAAGGUUAAGGUUACCCCCGUUGACGGCUGUGGUUGUGCUAAAGGAUCUUUUCUAAAUGAGAAAGGAGUUUGUGUGUCAGCUUCAGAGUGCUCCUGUUAUGCAGGAAACAAAGUGAUACAACCUGGGGAGAAGGCCGAUGUCCAAGGACAAACAUGCACCUGCCACGCUGGAAAAUUAAGUUGUAAAGGAGAGCCAGUAGCUGAGACAUGCACCAGUCCCAUGGUUUUCUUCGAUUGCUCCAACUCCAAAGCACACUUAAAGGAAAAGGGGUCAGAGUGCCAGAGGAGCUGCGUCACAAUGGACUCUGAAUGUGUGAGUUCACAGUGCGUCUCAGGGUGUGUGUGUCCUGAUGGCCUGCUAUCAAAUGGGAAAGGAGGGUGUGUAAAGGAGGAAGACUGUCCUUGCCCCCAUGAUGGAAAAUACUAUAACCCAGAAGAAAAAAUCAAAGUGGACUGUAAUACAUGCACAUGCAAAAACAGGAAAUGGGAAUGCACAGAAAAUGACUGUGGUGCGACCUGCACCAUAUAUGGAGAGGGGCAUUAUACUACUUUUGAUAAAAAGAAAUUUGUCUUUAAGGGGGAUUGUGGCUACAUCUUCUCUCAGGAUUAUUGUGGAGACGAUGUGAAUGGUACCUUUAGGGUCCGGACCGAAAACAUCCCAUGUAUUGAAAGUGGAAGCAUUUGCUCCACGAGUAUUAAACUCUACUUGGGGAGGAAAGAAAUUGUUCUGUCAGACGAAAGUGUCAAAGUUAUCAGUCAAAGCAACGGGAUUGACAUACCUUUUAAAGUCCACACUAUGGGUAUAUAUGUCGUCAUUGAGGCAAAUAAUGGCCUUCUUCUAAUCUGGAAUAAGAAAACAACAAUCAUGAUCAAACUCAGCUCCACAUUCAAGGGCAAAGUUUGUGGCCUGUGUGGAAAUUAUGAUGGGGCUAUCAAGAAUGAUUUCACUACUAGAAGCAACGCAGUUGUAGUUAAUCCAACAGAGUUUGGAAACAGUUGGAAACUGUCAUCCUCCUGCUCAGAUGUAAACACCACACUGAACCCGUGUGCUCUGUACUCUAACAGACGUGCAUGGGCAGAGAAACACUGCAGCAUUAUCAAAAGUGAAGUGUUUUCUGCCUGCCAUGGCAAGGUGGAGCCAGAACAGUACUAUGAGGCUUGUGUGGCAGAUACGUGUGCCUGCAACACGGGAGGAGAUUGUGAGUGUUUCUGCUCAGCUGUAGGAGCAUAUGCAGAAGUAUGUAAUGAGGCUGGAGCCUGCGUGAAGUGGAGAACCCCCACCAUAUGCCCUCUGUUCUGUGACUAUUACAACCCUGAUGGAGAGUGUGAGUGGCACUACGCUCCAUGUGGAAAACCAUGCAUGAAGACAUGUAGGAAUCCUUCAGGGAAAUGUUACAAUAAACUUCCACCACUGGAAGGGUGUUAUCCAUCAUGCCCGUGGGAGCAGCCUUAUUUUGAUGAAGUUAGCAUGAAGUGUGUGUGUGAGAAAGAGUGCGGCUGCUAUGAUGAAGACGGAAACCAUUAUAAAGAUGGAGAGUCAAUACCUGCAAGUGAAAAUUGUCACAAGUGUUCUUGCUCUUCAACACAGCCGAGAUGUAUUUAUGAUGUGAAUGCUUGUACCUGUGUCUACAUGAAUAACACCUACAAAUAUGACACUACAGUCUAUGAAACACAUGAUGGAGAUGGAACCUGCAUCUCUGGUGUUUGUGGACCAAAUGGAACCAUUAUAGGAAAAAUGGCACCAUGUAUACAUACAUCAACAACACCUUUUACAUUUACUACGACUGCAAGUACUACAGAGCAGCCUGUAACUACAACUAAACCUGUUCCUACAGUCACAACUCAGGCAGUAACAUCAAUUCUGACUUUUUCAACUACAAGAGUUUCCACAAGUUCUAAAACUACAACGGUGUCUUUGUCAUCGUUAAAUCCAUCUUCAACAACCUCUACAGUCACUGAAAGCCCCACAACUGAAAUAGUAUCAACCACAAUACCUUACAUAGAAACAACUAGCACUGAAAAACCCACAACUACAAACAUAAUUACACAAAAAUCUACUACACCUUAUACAGAAACUACAACCAAAUUUACAGAAGUCUCCACAACACCUUACACAGAGACUCCUACCCCAACAAUAGAGACUGAAAAAUCCACAGUCACAACAGCUCAAAUUGAAAGUACUACUACCAAUCCCGAAAUAUCUACUACAGCACCCAGUGACUGCUAUAUUUGCAAAUGGUCAAAUUGGAUUAACAAUGACUAUCCUGGACACAAUAGAGAUGGAGAUUAUGAAACAUUAGAAAAGAUUUCUGAUCCAGAUUUGAGUGUUUGUAGAAAACCACUAGAAAUUCAGUGUCGAGCCAAUUUUUUUAAAGAUGUGCCUUUAGAAGAUUUAAAUCAAAAUGUAAUCUGCAGCCCUACAGAUGGACUAAUCUGUCGUAAUAAGGAUCAGACACCUCCAAAAUGUUAUGAUUAUGAAAUUCGGGUAAAAUGUUGCACUUACAUAUGUGGGACUAGCACAACAACAAUUCAUACAGGAAAAACUACCCCAACAAUAGAGACUGAAAAAUCCACACCAAUAAUUACACCAAAACCUACAACACCUCAUAUAGAAACUACAACUACUGGCACUCAAACACCUGAAAUUACAAACAUAAUUACAGAAAUAUUCUCCACAACAACAAUUCAUGCAGAAACAACUACCCCAACAAUAGAGACUGAAAAAUCCACACCAAUAAUUACACCAAAACCUACAACACCUCAUAUAGAAACUACAACUACUGGCACUCAAACACCUGAAAUUACAAACAUAAUUACAGAAAUAUUCUCCACAACAACAAUUCAUGCAGAAACAACUACCCCAACAAUAGAGACUGAAAAAUCCACAGUCCCAGAAACAUCUACUACAGCACCCAGUGACUGCUAUAUUUGCAAAUGGUCAAAUUGGAUUAACAAUGACUACCCUGGACACGAUAGAGAUGGAGAUUAUGAAACAUUAGAAAAGAUUUCUGAUCCAGAUUUGAGUGUUUGUAGAAAACCACUAGAAAUUCAGUGUCGAUCCAAUUUUUUUAAAGAUGUGCCUUUAGAAGAUUUAAAUCAAAAUGUAACCUGCAGCCCUACGGAUGGACUAAUCUGUCGUAAUAAGGAUCAGACACCUCCAAAAUGUUAUGAUUAUGAAAUUCGGGUAAAAUGUUGCACUUACAUAUGUGGGACUAGCACAACAACAAUUCAUACAGGAAAAACUACCCCAACAAUAGAGACUGAAAAAUCCACACCAAUAAUUACAUCAAAACCUACAACACCUCAUACAGAAACUACAACUACUGGCACUCAAACAUCUGAAACUACAAACAUAAUUACAGGAACAGUCUCCACAACAACAAUUCAUGUAGAAACAACUACCCCAACAAUAGAGACUGAAAAAUCCACACCAAUAAUUACAUCAAAACCUACAACACCUCAUACAGAAACUACAACUACUGGCACUCAAACAUCUGAAACCACAAACAUAAUUACAGGAACAGUCUCCACAACAACAAUUCAUGUAGAAACAACUACCCCAACAAUAGAGACUGAAAAAUCCACACCAAUAAUUACAUCAAAACCUACAACACCUCAUAUAGAAACUACAACUACUGGCACUCAAACAUCUGAAACUACAAACAUAAUUACAGAAACAGUCUCCACAACAACAAUUCAUGCAGAAACAACUACCCCAACAAUAGAGACUGAAAAAUCCACACCAAUAAUUACACCAAAACCUACUACACCUCAUACAGAAACUACAACUACUGGCACUCAAACACCUGAAACUACAAACAUAAUUACAGAAACAGUCCCCACAACACAUUACAAAGAGACUCCUACCUCAACAAUAGAGACUGAGAGAACCACAACAAUGUUUAAAGAGACAUCCACAACACCUCAUUUAGUAACUGGAACCCACAGCACUGAAAAACCAAGUACAGCACAUAUAAUUACGGGCAUAAAAACCACAACAACAAUUCCUGCAGAAACAACUACCCCAACAAUAGAGACUGAAAAAUCCACACCAAAAAUUACAUCAAAACCUACAACACCUCAUACAGAAACUACAACUACUGGCACUCAAACAUCUGAAACUACAAACAUAAUUACAGGAACAGUCUCCACAACAACAAUUCAUGUAGAAACAACUACCCCAACAAUAGAGACUGAAAAAUCCACACCAAUAAUUACAUCAAAACCUACAACACCUCAUACAGAAACUACAACUGCUGGCACUCAAACACCUGAAAUUACGAACAUAAUUACAGAAAUAUUCUCCACAACAACAAUUCAUGCAGAAACAACUACCCCAACAAUAGAGACUGAAAAAUCCACACCAAUAAUUACACCAAAACCUACAACACCUCAUAUAGAAACUACAACUACUGGCACUCAAACACCUGAAAUUACAAACAUAAUUACAGAAAUAUUCUCCACAACAACAAUUCAUGCAGAAACAACUACCCCAACAAUAGAGACUGAAAAAUCCACAGUCCCAGAAACAUCUACUACAGCACCCAGUGACUGCUAUAUUUGCAAAUGGUCAAAAUGGAUUAACAAUGACUACCCUGGACACGAUAGAGAUGGAGAUUAUGAAACAUUAGAAAAGAUUUCUGAUCCAGAUUUGAGUGUUUGUAGAAAACCACUAGAAAUUCAGUGUCGAUCCAAUUUUUUUAAAGAUGUGCCUUUAGAAGAUUUAAAUCAAAAUGUAACCUGCAGCCCUACGGAUGGACUAAUCUGUCGUAAUAAGGAUCAGACACCUCCAAAAUGUUAUGAUUAUGAAAUUCGGGUAAAAUGUUGCACUUACAUAUGUGGGCCUAGCACAACAACAAUUCAUGAACAGUCUCCACAACAACAAUUCAUGUAG